UCUGGAGUUACUAUUUGAUUGUGGCAGCAUAAAACAAUGCAAAUGAUGUAUGAGACAAUUUACAAGGCUUUGGUUGAGGCUGGGCUUGAAGAGGCAUUCUCACCAGAAGACUACUUGAACUUUUUCUGUCUUGGCAAUCGCGAGGUCAAUGACACAUAUGGUAGUGAUGCAAUGCCUGGAAAUCCUCCUCCAGCAAACAGUCCACAGGCACUAAGUCAAAGUAGCCGACGUUUCAUGAUUUACGUUCAUUCAAAAGGCAUGAUAGUUGAUGACGAGUAUGUGAUAUUGGGAUCUGCAAACAUCAACCAGCGCUCUAUGGAAGGAACAAGGGACAGUGAGAUUGCUAUGGGAGCUUAUCAACCUCAUUAUACCUGGGCAAGAAGACAUUCUUAUCCUCGUGGACAGAUCCAUGGAUAUAGGAUGUCGCUCUGGGCAGAACACACAGGAACAAUUGAAAACUGCUUCUUGCAACCGGAGGGCCUGGAAUGCGUCAGAAGAGUAAGAGCAAUGAGCGAAAUGAACUGGAAACGAUUUGCAGCACCAGAAGUAACGGAGAUGAAAGGGCACCUACUGAAAUACCCGGUAGAAGUUGAUCGAAAGGGAAAGGUUAGAUCCCUCCCUGGCCAUGAAAUUUCCCAGAUGUUGGUGGCAAAAUAA